UGUUACAAACCCGGGUAGAAUGCUUCAUCUUUGUAAUAUACUGUUGCAUUAAAACGGAAUUUAUUCUUAGAGCGUAUCAAUGCAAACAUUGAGUGUGCAAGGUGCUCCCAAUUUAUGUUGCAUCUUUAGCUCCCUAUCUCGCUUUUAUCUUUCCAGCUCUGUUUUCUGCUGUCGUUGGUUUCCACCAUGUUUAUAGAAAGCACGGGAUGCAUAUGUUUUUUAUUGGGACCACGCCAUCAGUUAGCCUCCAGAAAGCAGAGUUUGUAGAGGAAGUGCUCUCGAGCCAUUCACUUCUUGCAAAGGGGUCGGAGUACGGACUACUGCACAACUGGUUGGGAACUGGCCUACUUACAAGUGCAGGUAACAAGUGGAGAGCAAGGAGGCGAAUGUUUACUCCAGCAUUCCAUUUUCGCAUUCUCGAAGAUUUCAGCUCGACCAUAAACACUCAGUCAACUGUACUUGCCGACAAGCUUGGGAAAAUGUGUUCACCUGGCAAGCGCACCGACAUCGUACCGUUGGUCACGCUGUGCACCUUAGACAUCAUUUGCGAGACUAUAAUGGGGACAUCAAUUCGUGCGCAACAUGAUGAGCAUUCUCCGUACGUAAAGGCCGUGAACAGACUGGGAGAGUUGUUUAUACUCCGAAUGCUGAACCCAUUUUUCAGUAGGGAAUUCAUCUUCAAGCACAGUUCCAUGGGCAAGGAGUACUACGAUUGCUUGAACACGCUCCAUACAUUCACAAGAAAGGUGAUAGCGGAAAGAAAGAAACUGUUGCAAAAGCAAAAUCACCUAGCAGAUCAGACGGAUGUCAAUGGCGACAAUGUAGAACAACAGAAAGGGAAAAGACCGUUUCUGGACCUUCUCCUUACUGAACACUUGAAAGACUCAGCGAGUAUCAACGAAGAAGACAUACGAGAGGAAGUGGACACGUUCAUGUUCGAGGGACACGACACAACGGCAAUGGGAAUCAGCUGGGCUUUGUUUUUAAUUGGCCACCAUCCAGCUGAGCAACAGAAAAUACACGACGAAUUAGACGCAAUAUUCGGAAGUGAAAAGCAUCGACCGGUCACGUCCGAAGACUUGAGAGAAAUGAGGUACCUUGAAAGCUGCAUAAAGGAAGCGCAGAGACUGUACCCAUCUGUCAGUUUCAUUACGAGAACUUGCGAGGAGCCAUUUCAGAUUGGAGCCGUAACGUUCCCAGUGGGCACCGUUGUGAGACUGUCCGUGUACUGCCUUCACCGAGAUGAGAAUGUGUUUCCAAAACCGGAGGAGUUUCACCCCGAAAGGUUUUUCCCGGAAAAUGCGAAAGGCAGACAUCCUUUCGCUUACAUUCCUUUCUCUGCUGGUCCUCGCAACUGCAUCGGUCAGAAGUUUGCUUUGUCAGAGGAGAAGAUUGUCAUCGCUAAUAUACUACGUCGUUUCAAGUUGAAAUCACUCGAUCAGCGGGAUGAAGUCAACGUAGUUACCGAAAUGGUCCUCAGGCCAAAGAGCGGCUUGAGAAUACAAUUCACACCCAGAUGAUGCCCAUGACGAGUUCUCUAAAACACUCAAUAGCCCAUUUCUAUUUAGCUUGUGUGCGUCUGUGUGUGUGCAUGCGUGUGCGUGCGUGCCCGUGUACGUGCAUGCGAGAGACAGAGAGAGAGAUAAGGCCUUGAGAUAAAAUACUCGUGGCAUGGGCGACUACACUGCACAGGUAUAUGCUCGGGCCUUCGGUCUACAUGCAUCUGCUUUGCAAUGUAAAAUUAACAGGUCUUGUGCUGAAGGCGGAUAAUGACAAAUUAUAUUUAAAAGCACAGGACUUGCAUAAACGCCCCUAACACAAGGCUCAAAACUUAUCGUAAUCCGUCGCCUCAUACUGCAACAAACUAUUCUGCGGGUAUCCGAAAUACAAAUUGCAUGACAUCUGCAGCUUGUUUCAGGUGGUAUCUAAAUGAACACCUGGGCUCGUAUUUACAAAAAUCUCUUACGCUAGCAUUGUUUUCAAGAGAACGUUUCAGUCAAACCUGAUGUUGGAGUUACUAUUAGCGAAGGUGGCCGCCGAUGGCAGAGAGCACUUAUGAACGAAAAGCUUUGGGAAUUCGGCCCCUGAUUAUCCAGAUAUUGUUGACAAUAUUCGGCUACGUCACUGCCCAGCUUAUUUUCUUCCUUAAUCGGCGAUCUCUUCCAACGUGCACGUGCUCCUUUUGUGCACCUCUUGUCCGAACGUCGCUGGAGGUUUCAAUAUUAUGCAUGCAUGAGUGCGUGGCCCCAACGCAUCCUCAGGUGUAUAUCGAAUAAAAAGGUUUCACAACUACGUUCAUAGCUUAUCUUAUAUAUGUAAGAGCGAAAUUUUAUAUCCACAUACUUUAGUCCUUAUAUUGAACGCAGGAGAAGAAACUUUGAGUGUAAAGUGUUCAGCUAAACCGUGUGUUCACAUGGUAGAGGAGCCUGGCCCUUU